GCCGGCGGCCUCCCGGCGACACCCUAUGGCCGUCUCCGUCUUUCCGGAUGGAAAUGGAAGUAAGCUCGGCGGCGGAGGAGGAGGAGGAGGACAAGGUGCGGACGGGGAGAAUGCGCCGGGGAAGGGGAAUGAGCUGGUCCUGGAUGUGAAGGAUGAUGAUCUGCAGCCACCAUCAUCAUUUAACUCUGCUAGUAGCAGUAUGGGGCUUAUCAAUGGUGUGAGAAAUGAGGGCAGCCAUUUUUGUGACAACUAUGAAUCUAGGAAUUUACGGAAUAGGCUUCCUCGGGUUGCACCUGAGUGGGUUGCCAGCAUUCAAGUAAAUAAUUCUUUUGAGAACAGGAAGAAGGGUUUACUUAGUUCUUUCUACACUAUUGUGGAGAAGCUGCUUGUGUUCUGUGGCAGUCUCGUCAUUUUGUCGUUGUCAUACCCCCUUGCUGCAAAUGCAAAAGAGGCCUUUGAGGACCAUGCGAUGCAAGGCAUUAUCAUUGGAAGCGUUAUAUCAUUCUUCAUCUGCUGCCUUCUGACAGCUCUUGCGUCAUACUUGAGAGACAGUGAGUCCAUUGAUGGUGUUGGAUUCCACGUCUUCAAAUGGCUCGUGCUUCUCGUGUUUCUGUUCCUUAGCGCUGGGUUAUGUGUGAUACUACGUUUCUGCGCACACACACCAAAAGCAGUCCUGUGGACCCUUGGAACUGUAGGAUACAUCAUAAUUCUGUCCAUUUGGGUUUGGGUGUUCUACAUAGAGGUGCUGCAGAUACAGGAAGAGAUGAAGAAGCAUUUUGAGAUGGAAACUAGGGCACCGUCUGAGGGGCCUGGCCAUGUGCCUCCCUUGGCUGCUCCGGGAUUGGCUCGCGCACCAGUUUAGGAAAGGAGAACUCACCUAUUCUGUGGGAAUGUUUCAUCCAUGAAGCA